GGCGCUUCAAACUCAGAUGCCAAAUAUUUUGAAAUCGCGCCACAAGCGCCUUGUCAACAAAAUUUAUCCGAAGAACCCAUACGAGGGAUUAAGGAGAGACAAUUUAAAAAGGCUGUUGCUUUACGCGCAUAACCGACAGGAAAACUAUAUUCGUGUCUUAACGUACCUGACCACAAAACUAAAGAAAUACGUGGUAAUUGAUCAGGAGGCGUACAUAAAAAUCACAAUGGAGGCGCUGAACUCAGUGAUAUUCGGAAUUGUAAAUGUACCACAUAUAUAA